CUUCUUCUGCGGUUCCUCCGCGGCUCACUAACAACAAACAUAGAGGCUCUUUGAUAUUUAAAUACUUCAGGCAGUCGGAUAUUUAUAGAAAUGUGAUAGGUUACAGAUACUUUUGCACUUAUAAACGAAGCUGGACGUUUCCCCACUAACGUGAGAAAACACAGCUAAUGGGACUUUACUUGUGAUGUAGUCAUUUCACCAUACUGGCCGCCUGUAUAACUACCUUCUGAGGAGGGGUUUUAGAUAAUUCUCUGAACACAGCUAUGGAUGAGGACACCCCAACCCUGAAGCCCAGACGGAUCCAGAAUCAAAACGUGGUUUACCGUCUUGAGAGGCGCAGGAUCUGUUCGGGCCGACCCGGAGCACACUGGUACAGAGUACGUUGCUUCCACCAGAACCUUUUUCCCAACUUCACUGUGGUCAACGUGGAGAAGCCCCCCUGCUUCCUUAGGAAAUUUUCACCAGAUGGACGCUGCUUCAUCGCCUUCUCUUCUGACCAGACUUCUCUGGAGAUAUAUGAAUACCAAGGCUGCCAGGCGGCUCAGGACCUGCUGAGAGACCAGGAGGGAGAGACUCUUCUAACAGCCAAUGACCAGCGUUCCCUCAACAUCCGAGGCCGCCUGUUUGAGCGCUUCUUCUCCUUGCUCCACGUCACUAAUGUGGCCUCAAAUGGAGAACACCUCAACCGGGAGUGCAGCCUCUUCACAGACGACUGUCGCUAUGUCAUUGUUGGGUCGGCUGUGUACGUCCCAGAGGAGCCGCCGCCUUACUUCUUUGAGGUGUAUCGGAACAACGAAUCUGUGACUCCCAACCCCCGGUCUCCUCUAGAAGACUACUCGCUCCACAUAAUCGACCUCCACACUGGCAGGCUGUGUGACACCAGGUCCUUUAAGUGUGACAAGAUCAUCCUGUCCCACAACCAGGGCCUCUACCUCUACAGGAACAUCCUGGCUGUGCUGUCGGUCCAGCAGCAGACCAUCCAUGUGUUUCAGGUCACUCCAGAGGGAACAUUUCUAGAUGUAAGGACUAUUGGGCGUUUCUGUUAUGAGGAUGACCUCCUGACUCUUUCAGCAGUUUACACUGAGGCUCAGGCCGAGAGUCAACCGGGCUUCCCUCGCCUGUACACUGACAAAACCAUCAACUCCCUCAAGCACAGGUUGCUGGUCUACCUGUGGAGGAGGGCUGAGCAGGACGGCAGCGCCACCGCCAAGAGGAGGUUCUUCCAGUUUUUUGAUCAGCUGAGGAGGUUGAGGAUGUGGAAGAUGCAGCUGUUGGAUGAGCAUCACCUCUUCAUUAAAUACACCAGUGAAGAUGUGGUCACACUGAGAGUCACCGACCCCUCACAGCCGUCGUUCUUCGUUGUGUACAACAUGGUCUCUACAGAGGUGCUGGCCGUCUUUGAGAACACCUCCGACCAGCUGCUGGAGCUGUUUGAGAAUUUCUGCGACCUGUUCAGAAACGCUACGCUGCACAGCCAGGCCGUCCAGUUCCCCUGCUCCGCUUCAUCCAACAACUACGCACGGCAGGUCCAGAGAAGAUUCAAAGACACCAUAGUGAACGCCAAAUAUGGCGGGCACACCGAGGCGGUGCGUCGGCUGCUGGGUCAGCUGCCCAUCAGCGCCCAGUCCUACAGCAGCAGUCCUUACCUCGACCUCUCCCUUUUCAGUUAUGAUGACAAGUGGGUGUCAGUGAUGGAAAGGCCCAAGACCUGCGGAGACCACCCCAUCAGGUUUUACGCACGGGACUCCGGCCUGCUGAAGUUUAAGAUCCAGGCAGGCCUGCUGGGACGGCCGGUAAAUCACGCCGUGCGACGCCUGGUUGCCUUCACCUUCCACCCCUUCGAACCCUUUGCCAUCUCUGUCCAGCGCACCAACGCAGAGUACGUGGUCAACUUCCACAUGAGGCAUGUCUGUGCGUGAGGAGCUUGUGUAUGUCUGCAACAAACUAAACUGUGAGCCUGUGGACUCACACUUGGAAUCAAAUUGCAGGACCGCUGGGCUUCUGUUAACAGCUACUGGUGACAAUACAACAAACAUGUCCUCCAUCAGGAGGCACAAAACAGUUGUUUUGUUAGUCGCCCUCUCCUCCUCCAGAGAAAUCAGUUUUCCUCUCCCUGCAUUGUCCUCCUGCUGGAAACCACUGUUCCUCUCCUCUUUCCCCCUUCAUCACACAGUGGUCACUCCACUUCCGCCAGUCCUCCUCCUCCAUGAGAAGGCAGCAAUUCUGCCUUUUCCUUUCGUCUGCAACGCUUCACCUCCUCUUUCCCCCUUCCUCCACAGAACAAAGAGGGACCUGUAGGGAGGGGAGGCUGGAAUAAGUGUAAAUGGAGAUGUAGAGAGAAUGAUUGAUAUGCGACAAAGGUGGGAACCAUAGGUAGCCAGACCUCUUAGAAGGAACCAAAGGUGUUUUCUUUUUCCUAUCGUGCACUGAAAGCUGCACAUUCAUAUCAGAAUUGCUUAUCCAAUUGGUCCGUGACCAGCUGUCCAACAAACUCUUUUUUUCUUACAUGGAUGGUGGAGAGGUAAUUUUAUAUUAUAUUGUUUUUACACUUUUUACAUAUUACUGCUUGUAUAUAUUUUAUGCCAAUAAAAUUGUCUACAUUUUG